AUGUCUUCAAUAAACGGAACAAGUGCUUUAAGAGUUAACGUUGCUUUACUUGAACGCGAUGUUGUUAAACUUGUACUUGAUUUUCUUCAAGAACGGGAACUGUAUAUCAGUAUGCUUGAUAUCGAACGAGAAACAGGCAUUAUCAAUGGAUCGUUCUCCGAAGAUAUUCUCUUCCUUCGUCAGUUGAUUCUCGAUGGUCAAUGGGAUGAUGUGAUUGACUUUGUUCAACCAUUGAAAACUAUUGAAACUUUCGAUGCAAAACAAUUCAUCUAUGUCGUGCUUAAAUAUCAAUUUUUGGAGUUGCUAUGUUUAAAAACUGAAGCGCAGAUUGAAAAUGAUUUGUCUGUUGAACAAAUUGUCAAAUUUCUCAACGAUCUCAGACCUUUUGCACCAAACGAACAAGAAUACAAGAAAUUAUCAUUUUUAUUAACACUCAAACGUUUGCAAGAUCAUACAGAUUAUCAUAAUUGGAAUCCGAGCGCUGGACGUGUUCAAUGCUUCCAAGAAAUCUUUCCACUUAUUCAGCGAUUCUUACAAGUGGAUAAACAAACAAUUCCGAUUGCACAAGGUGAUCGUCUCGUUCAAUUACUCGUUAAAGGUUUACUUUAUGAAUCAUGCGUUGAACAUUGUCAAGCACGAGCAACGAAUACUGAUGAGACAAUUGACCUUACAGAUACGAAUUCUCUCUUAGCCAGUACGCGUUUAUCGGACACUGAUGUAUCGUUGCUCUCAUGGCUUCAUGCUUUACCUACGGAAACAUUUUCGUGUCCAUUCGAACAAAAAACAUUAACGUUGAAUAUUGAGAAGUUUCAAAAACCAAUCCUCGAAGCAACAUGGGCUGAACAUGUGUUGAGUACGCCAUUUAAACCUCAAACAAUGUUUCCAUUCAAUGCAACGCCAACGGGUAAACCACGUUCAACCGAACUAAUGUCACGAUCAUUGGCACCACAAUAUGAUGGUUUAUCGUACGGCCUGAUUCGAUCUCAAAUCUUCGGAGAUUAUAAUCGAAAUUUUGUCAAUGAUAUGAGUCGAUCCUUAGCUAUUUGUAAUUUGAAAGACAAUGGAAACAAUAUGAAUAAUAUAUCUGCUACAUCAACUGGUCUUCCAACUGUCGAAGAAGUUCUCUACGAAGAAACGCCACCACGUUCGACACCGUCGCCACGAACAUUAUCACCAGCAGCGAAUGUUAUCUCACCGCUUUCCACUCAUCGUCCUCAAUCACCAAAACGCAGUGUAACUGAACCCAAAUUCACAAAUAACACACCAUCCUUCGAUGCUAAUGCACAACAACAAGUUUCGAUACCGAAAUCGGUUAGUGGAUCUAGUCAAUUGACUCACAGUCGAAAACACAAACAAGGAAAUGGUUCAGUAUCAAAUGAAAAUGGUAAUCAAUCAUCAAAUAACAAUACACCGUCAUCAAAGCAUUCAAAUACACCCUCAGUAGAUUCAUCGAAUGAUCGAUUACUCAAAGAGUAUCAAAAGAGCCGCGCAGAAAUCAUUCGACAAUUCGAUGAACAUGAAACCCGUCGUAAUGAAUUACAAAAACAAUUAACAUCAAAUGCAACUAAUCCGAAGAUUCGUGCAAUAAUCGAUGUGACAAAAUACGAUUCUCUCGAGGAUAUUGCUCGUUCACCAGCUUUUAUUCCUGUAACAUCGCUUGAAGAUGUUCAAGCGAUACGUGCUAUUGACAUACACCCGAGUGGAAAAUAUUAUGCCGUAGGUUCAAACUCGAAAACGAUUCGCGUGUGUGCCUAUCCCGAAAUGAAAAACAUUCGCGCUGAUGCUGUACCAACGUCGGCGAAAGUUUUAUAUAAAAGAAACAAGCAUCAUCUAGGUAGUAUUUAUUGUAUGGCUUGGUCACCAAGUGGCCGAAUAAUUGCAACAGGAUCGAAUGAUAAAAUAAUCAAACUCGUUCGAUUGAAUAUGGAUCGAUUGGAAGAUGAAUCAGAUGUUGAAGUCGAAUUAACACAUCAUAAUGGAACAGUUCGAGACGUGGUUUUUAUGCAUGAUAAUCUGAAAGAUGACUCAAUUUUGUUGAGUGGUGGUGCUGGUGAUUGUAAAAUUUAUGUGACUGAUGUUAAACGGCAGACAACAAUCAAAAGUUAUAGUGGUCAUCAAGGUCAUAUUUACUCAUUAUUUGCUUGGGAUGCGUGCAGUUUUGUAUCGGGCAGUCAAGAUGGUACAUCACGUUUAUGGGAUAUUCGGCAACCGGAAUGUGUAAAUGUAAUUUCGCCGCGUCCUUCAAAUAGUGCAGUUGCUGCUGUGGCAGUUGAUUGUUCUGGUCAAUUGUUGGCAGCCGGUUAUGAAGACGCCUCAUGUUUAUUAUACGACUUACGUGGAAAACGCGUUGUGCAAACCUAUCAACCACAUACGAAUGAAAUUCGAAGUGUUCGUUUUUCUGUACAUUCAUAUUACUUACUAACCGCAUCGUACGAUAAGAAAGUUGUUAUGACAAGUCUAAGCGGUGAUUUAACUAAACCAUUAAUUCUAUCGAAUGUUGCUGCACAUGGAGAUAAAAUCAUUCAAGCACGAUGGCAUCCGAAUGAAAUGUCGUUUGUAACAACAAGUGCUGAUCGUACAUAUGCCAUUGAUAUUCUACUACGAUUUAAUGUCGCAGCCUUGUCGGGCUUUGUACAUCUUUCUGAAAAUGACUGUCGAAUCAAUCCAUUUAAAAAAGUCCCAGUUAUCGGCGAUUCAGGUUUUCUCCUUACAGAAAGUGUGGCAAUCUUCAUGUAUCUUUGUGACAAAUAUGAAAAAUUCGACUGGUAUCCUAAAGAAGUGAAAGCUCGUGCUCGAGUUAACGAAUAUGCCAAUUGGCAACAUCUAAAUCUACGUUCCAAUGGUGCAAUGUACUUUCGAACAAAAAUCAUCACGCCGCGUUUGACAAACAAGCCAAUAAAUGAACGUGAAUUAGAAAAAUGGCAAGGACGUUUGGAAGAUUCGCUCGGUGAUCUUGAAAAUGUUUGGUUAGCUCGUUCAUCAUACCUCGGUGGCGAUCAUUUAACCUUCGCUGAUUUACUCGGUAUUUGUGAAUUGAUGCAACCGAUUGCUGCAGGAAACAAAGAGACAAUAUUGAAGUUUUUUAUUUGGUGUAUGUUAUUACCAUCAUCGUCGCUUGAAAAUUCCUCUUGCUUAGAUGAGAUAAUGCUAUCAACGGCAAGUACAUCAAAUCAACAUCAGCCGAAUUUCUGGUUUUCUGGUAGUCCAUUGCCUUCAUUCUUCUCGUCAUCAGCAUCAUCGACAGCAACAUCCAACGGAGGAGGGAUAGAGAAAGCUUCCUACAUUCAACAACCUGCAGCAAACAAAGUUCUUUUCGAUUCCAGUGCAUGUAGUUCAAGUUCGGGAAGUUCUCCACCUCUAUCGAAUGAUUUCCUUCUUUCACGUUCGAAUCCUUCCUCGACCACUACAUUGAACCUAACUCAAUUUAAUUAUAUCCAGCAAAAUCACCAUCAUCAUCCCUCAGUGUUGACACCACCAUCGAAUAAUUUCCUUCCAAGAGAUGAUUGGUCACAAAUACCUAUGGCACAAACAACCACAUCAAACACCUCCGCAUGGCAUCCACAACAUACAACAAAAGGUGUGCCGAUGGACAAUGCACAAGUCACACAUUAUUCAAGUAUGAUAAGUGGUAAUGAAUCAGCGAAAGAUAUGAAACGAAAAAGCAGCCGACCGACAUUUACUGGACAUCAGAUUUUUGCAUUGGAGAAAAUGUUUGAGAACACGAAAUAUUUAGCAGGAACAGAAAGAUCACGACUUGCUUGUCAAUUAUCAAUGAGUGAAGCACAAGUAAAAGUUUGGUUUCAAAAUAGACGAACGAAAUGGCGAAAGAAGCAUGCUGCUGAAGCCCAUGGUCCAUCCGGUAAACGCAAUAAACAGCAACGAAAUGAUGAAUCAAUUCCAACGAUAGACUCUGAUUCGAAUUCAACUUAA